UAUGACUAUGUUCAUAGAUGCAGUUCUUAUGGCAAGUGCGACGAGCCGGCGGAGGAGGCACGUGACAGAGACGAGCCUGUCUCCAGCACCGAGCACCACGCGCACUGGGAUGAGAAACUCGUAAGCAGCUCGCUAUGUCCCACGGCGGUCGCCAGUACGUCGCGUACGGAUGCCGCUUCACCACACCAACACGUCACCACAACGCACGCUGGUGGCGGUCGUCGCGGGGCGCUGCAGCUGUGGCAGUUCCUCGUGUCACUGCUGGCAGAGGGCGCGCGCUGCGUGGCCUGGACCGGGAGGGGACUGGAAUUCAAGCUGCAUGAACCGGAGGAGGUGGCUCGCCGCUGGGGCGCUCAGAAGAACCGUCCCGCGAUGAACUACGACAAGCUGUCGCGCUCGCUGCGCUACUACUACGAGAAGGGGAUCAUGCAGAAGGUGGCAGGAGAACGCUAUGUCUACAAGUUUGUCUGCGACCCCGAGGCGCUGUUCAGCAUGGCGGCGCCGGCGCGGCCGCGCUCCCCCGCGCGGUUCGACGUCCUGUCCUCACUCUACGGGGGAGUCUACCCCCAGUACCUACCACAGGGAGACUAUCAGCGGCGGUACUACCAGCACGUCAACCAGACUGGGCAUUUCGACUCGUAAAUUAAUAUCAUACUGAAA